AUGACUGAUAAAUCCAAAAAUCGCCGCAAACCCGUCAAGAAAGGUAAGAUUCGUGCUUAAAAAAGUUGAUUCAGAUCAUACAGCAAGUAUAUUUACCGUAAUCUUUCACUUUUAGACGCACUGAAAUUAACCCCUUCCGAGACAGUUAUCAGCUUCAAGGAAUUAGACUUCUCUGAGGCCCAUUCCCCUUCUCUGGACAUCAUGAAUAAAGCCUUGACGGCCAACAAUCUGGCCACGUCGAUGUUUGAUGAGGAGUAUGAAAGUGGAAGUGAGAGCCGAAGUAGUGGUCUGGGCACUUGUAAGCAAAACAUAUUCUCAGUGCAGGCAUACAAAAUGACUCUUUAUAAUGCAAAUAUAAGAGUAUACACCAAAGUGAACCUACGCGCCACAAAGCCCCUUUAUAGCGAAUAAUUUUUUUGGUCCUCGUGAUUCGUUGUAUAGAGAUUUGACUAUACAACCUUAUGGUCCUUGCUAAAUCUUCAUCAUCUAACUCGCUUAGAUUAAUUUUUCAGCGACUUUUCCGACGACUUCAUCCACCUCAGUUCCGGAAAAAUUCCACUGCAAACGGACGAUUCGACUGGUUUUCACGAUUGAUGGAGUGCCGGCCUCGAUUCAUUAUAAUCUGAAUAUCAAAUCGGAAAAUCCAGAUCCGAUUGUUCGGAUCGAAUCGGUCAAAUUGGGAGAGGAUGAGGUCGUCGUUGAACCAAGGAAGAAGACCUACCGGAUGUCUGUUACUGGCUUCAGAACGAGAAAGCGACUUGAAUAA